AUGACAAUACACGAGUCGUGGCCGACUUUUCAUGACGGUAUUAUAUCAGUUGCCACUUCUAAUGUUUCCUUUCGUGGACCACCGCCCAACGUAUCCACAACAGAUUCCACUGUUACAUAUAGGGCGAUUCGGUCCUCCGAUACAUAUCCCGACGCCUCGCACUCAGGCAGCACAUAUUCAAGAUCGUACACACUUGCAGAUGAUGGAGCGCCUCCUCCUCCAACCCAACUAACUGUAGUUUGCAGAGAAACUCCACGGAAAUUGCGACCUGGGUGGAAUACCAAUCGUGCCGCCACGGAGGUGGCGCUGAAGGAACAACUUCCAUUAAUUACGACCAUGAAGAAAAACAAGUAUUAUUACUUAUGUAAGGGGGAAAGUGCUGGGCGCGUCACUAAAAGGUCGCCUCUUGAUCGUUACAUUAUCCAGCACUCCACAGGAUACAAAAAUCACCAGUACCGUGCUCGUUUAUUGCGGGUAGAGGGCAUGAGUGCGUUAAUGGAAUCAUUUGAAAGGAUGAAACUCACCGCGGCACGGCAGGAUUGGAAGGCGGGGUCAAAAAAUUCUGACAAUGUGGAAAGUGUGCGAGUGAUAUUCGAUGCACUUGCUGACAACCAGACCAAUUCCAUUAAUGCGGAUGUGGUGCACGAUCAUCUUUUACUCUGCACUCCUACGGGCGUGUCAGAACGUGAGGCAUCUGACUUUCUAACGGAAUCGUGUGAUGGCAAGACCGAUCUGACGUUCCAAGACUUUCUAACAUAUGGUGAGGUAUUGCGCGACCGUAUAUUUGCUUACAGGAAGUUUGCCUCUCUCACCGCGGAGGAGAAAAUCCUAUGCAUCGCCACUCGAGUGCUUCCGGAACCUUUACCAAAUUCAGCAAUGAAACUUACACAGCACAUCAUGAAGGCUGCUGCCGCUCAAGCGGGAGGGAAACAAUGGCGGUCUGCUCUCCCUAUGCGAAUAUAUGAAAUACGCUUUAUUGACUCACUAACAAUCAAGUUCGAUACGGAUGAAAAACCAUACGUGGCGUGUACUGAUGGUGAUUUCACUACUUUGGGGAUGACAUCACACAAACAGAACGUCUGUUGCCGCGGUGAUCAAGUUGGAGGCGACACACCUCUGCGGUGGAGAACCCGUGCGGAACCCAUCGUUUUACAACCAACCGAAUGCGUGAAGGAAAAUGAAAUUGUUGGUACCGAUUUGCAAACUACUACUCAAUACGUUGCGACACGUGAGAGGAAUGAGGAGAAAAGUCCUAAAGCGAAGGUGACUGCAGCAGAAGCUAAAAGACGGUUAAUGAGUCGAAAGGAACCACCAAAGUCACGAGUAAUGGGAGGACACAAUCACUCAUCUUGUCCUCUGAGCAGAGGUUUCCUCAGCGGUACUUCCUGUGGUGUGCCCAUCAUUAAGUUAUCACUUCUGGCAUCCACUUCGGUAGAAUAUGAAAGAAGUUCAUGGGGUGAUGAGUUAUGCGCUAAAUUAAAAGAGAUAUAUGGUUCAAAAUGA